AUGACCAUCCCUCGGCAGGAGAUCCUCAAGUCCACACCCGUGUACCCUGUUAUUCAGCAAAUUCGCGAAGACCUUAUUCACUACAUAGACAAUCCUCUCAGUUAUGAAGCUCUCACUGCUCCGGACUUGACUUAUACGCUUGUCCGACCACUCGCAGAAAAGUACAACAAGCUUCAGAACAUGGCUAUUCCAUUUUGUCUGCUCCUGAAUCGCGCCAACUUCAUGCGAGACAAGGACAUUGCCACGCGUUCUGUGUCUCUCUCUCGUGCUGCACUCUGUGAAAUUCUUGCCAUUCGCGCUAUUCGUUAUUGGGCGAAUGAGACUCUUGAGUUGGCGAUGGUCAUGACUACCUCAUGGGUUAUAUUCGCGGGUGCUGAUGAGGAAGUACUGUCAAAAGUUAACGACGAUAGGGAAGAUACCAUUGACAUGGAUCUAAGACUUGGAAAUGCCAUAGAGAUGGCAGUUCUCUCUGAUGCUAAGCGUUUUAUCAAGUCUUCGGCAAGUCAGAAAGUGAUCAAUGGAAUUUGGACUGGCGAGAUCAUUUACACACCAGAAAGCGAUCACGCCAUAUUAUCCGACACAUACAAGCGUGCGCCAGUCCACUUCUACGAUCCAUUGAGGGCUCCAUUGUUGGACCAUUAUCGACUUAAAGUUCCUGCUAUACGAGCGGUACUGGAUUACUUGAACUUUCUCCUCUUGUUUAUCCUUUUUGUCUUGUUUUUGGAGACCAACGAACUGGGUCGCAUCAAUAUCUUCGAAUGGGCCUUUAUCAUUUAUGGUCUAGGAUUCACCGUGGAUCGACUGGCUUCCAUGCAGGAACAUGGUCUUAAAUGUACGUCAACGUUCCUCGAUAUACUGUGGAAUGGAUUUGACUUAGCGUUCAUUGUCACAUACCUUCCUUACAUCACGCUGCGUUUUUAUGGUGCACGCGAGCACAAAUCCUGGGCGUCAGAACUGAGCAUUGACAUUGUUUCUAUCUCUGGUGUCUUCAUGUUUCCCCGCAUUGCAUUUGUCAGCUUGUCCAACAACUUAAUGGUUCUAUCUCUACGUUCCAUGUUUGUGCAGUUCUUCCAGCUCAUGGCCCUUGCAAUGUGGUGUUUUGGAGGCUUUCUAUAUGCUCUCUGGACGUUUGGGAAAUCAAGGCAAGUCGUCUCUAUGUUACGAACACCCCUCGCUUUAUUGCUUCCGCGCAGAUACACAGCAGCCCAGAUUGCCUGGUGGAUGGCUGACCUAUGGUUCGGCCUCGAUGCAAGUGGAUUCGAGUUGGCCAGCACCUUCCAUCCCGUGUUUGGGCCGCCUUUGAUGGCCGUGUAUGCGUGCUGCUCCAACACACUCUUACUGACAGCGAUAUUUCAUCAGAUAUUAUCACAGACGUUCAGCACUCUGAGCGCUGAUGCGGAGGCUGAAGUGAGUUUCUUCGGGGUAUGGCCUCAGCGAAGAUCAAUGCUGCAGCAUAUACAUAUCUAUAUUAACUCUUCGCUAACUAGGGUGAAGGCUGAUGCGCUUUUCUCUUACCAACCACCUUUGAACCUUUUUGCGUUCUUAGUUAUGUGGCCAUUGAGCUUCAUCCUCAACGCGCGGUGGUUUCACAAAGUAAAUGUCUUAAUGAUCAGAAUUACGGCAUUUCCGAUCUUGUUGUCGAUUGGGCUGUAUGAAAGAUUGUCACGAUCACGACCGCCCAAAACAUUGGAACGGGCCUCACAUUUGUUGGACAUGCUUCCCCGAGGAUUACGUCCUCUAAGUUUCCUAGAGGGACUAGCAGGGCAAGGAUCACGAAUCGAGGCUGUUUUUGAGAUAGAGGCAAAGGUGGUGGAUGACCAACUGAAUUCGUCGAAUCUGCAGCGAGGCUAUGAACCCGACCGGCAAAGCCAGGAGAUUGAUAUACCCUCAAAACCCCACUCUCCUGCUCAAUCCACUUCAUCAUCACCUGCAAAG